AUGGACGUUGGCAAGAACUUAUCCAAUGCUUCUCGCUCGCUUUCAAAUUCAUCAUUGAAGGAAAAACUGUCGAGCUUGUCCGUAACACCAUUGAAACCUAUCACAAUACACUCCAAUAUCGAAUUUGCUCCAGCACGGAUACCUAGGAAACGGAGGAUGCAGAUGUUAGCCGUGGCAGCUUGGUCGGUAGCGAUAGCCCUCACGACAGUGUUGUUUCUUCUCUUAUGCUCAGUGCCGUCGCUCUGGCCUUUUUUAGCCAUGUAUCAGAUAUGGAUAUGGAUAGACCAAAGUCCCGAACAUGGUGGAAGAACAAGUCGGUGGUUUCGGGAACUCGCGUUCUGGAAAUAUUUUGCCGAUUAUUAUCCAGCUUCCCUCUUGAAGGUUCCGGACCUUCCUCCUGAUAGACCAUAUGUUUUUGGUUAUCAUCCUCAUGGUGCGACAUCUUACAGGGGAGCGUUAGCAACAUUUGCAACCGAAGCUACUGGUUUUUCGGCAGCAUUUCCUGGAAUCAAACCACAUCUCUUAACUCUUGCCAGCAAUUUUCGUAUGCCUUUUUAUCGGGAUCUGAUCCUUGCUAUGGGAGUAUGCAGCGUUAGCAAGCAAUCUUGUUCAAACAUACUCAAGUCCGGUCCUGGAUCUGCCAUAACAAUCGUUGUUGGAGGUGCUGCUGAGAGUUUGAGCGCCCACCCUGGAACUGCAGAUUUGACGCUGCGAAAAAGGCUAGGAUUCAUCAAAGUUGCAAUUCAACAUGGAGCUGAUCUAGUCCCGGUGUUCUCAUUUGGAGAAAACGAUAUCUAUGAACAAAUGCCGAAUCAACCUGGUACUACGAUAUAUACAUUACAGAAGAAAUUCCAGUCUGUCUUUGGAUUCACCCUCCCUUUAUUUCAUGGUCGAGGAUUGUUAAAUUACAAUAUUGGCCUAUUGCCAUACCGAAGACAAAUUGUCGUUGUCGUCGGCAAACCAAUACACGUCGAGCAAUGUGGUAAGCCAGAUAUACAAGAGGUUAUGCGGAUUCAAAAAAUGUACAUAGAAGAAUUAACUCGUAUUUGGAAUUGUUACAAAGACCAGUUCGCGAAGGCGAGGACGAGGGAAUUGAGUAUCAUUGAGUGA